AUGGCAGACACACAAGAAGCACCUAAGAAGUUCUUGAAGAAGACAAACAAAACUCCAAUCAAGAAGAAGCCUUCAACUCCUAAAGCAGAUACCUCUUCAGUACCUAGUGAAAAGCCAUCAGUUCCAAACACACCAACUGUCCCAAAAGAUACAAGUGAUGCAACGAAAUCCGCAAAGCAGGGCUCCACCACCAAAGCCAAGAAAUUCGCACCUAAAUUACCAGCAACACCACCAGCUGACAAGAAUAUACCACACCCUGAAGUGACAUCUCCUUCGCCAGCGCCAAAGUCCCAAAGCAAGCCAAAGAUCAAGAAAUUCAAAAAGCCAGUAGAGAAACCUGAGCCAGUUCCUGAACCGGAGGAGCAAGAGAAAGACGGUGAACAAGACGAUAACGAUGAAUCUGACAAGGAGGAACCUCAGCCCGAGAAGCCAAAGUCUAAGCUAAAGAAGUUUUCAAAGGCUACGAAGUCUGAGCCAGAGCCUCAGCCUGAACAAGAGGAGCCAGAUCAUGACGAGGAAGUAGAUAAUGAGCCUAAACAAGAAGAAGAGCAGCCCGAGCCAAAGAAAGAGGCUUCUCGACCAAAGAAGUUUUCGAAGACCAAGAAAUCUGAACCAAAGCCAGAGCCCGAAGAGCAAGACCAGGAAUCUGAAGCGGAGCCUGAAGGUGAACAGGAAGAGCCAGAGAAGGUAGAACAAAAGGAAGAAGCACCUCGACCAAAGAAGUUUUCAAAGGCCAAAAAGUCCCAACCCAAACCAGAAUCUCAAGAUCAAAACGAAGAAUCCGAGGGUGAGGUUGAACAAGAAGAACCAAUCAAGGCAGAUAAAAAGGAGGAACAUGACGAAGGCAUUGAAAUGGCAGAUGGUGAGGAAGACGGGGAGGACAAUGAAGAUGAAGCUGAAAAUGAGGGUGAAGUAGAUGACGAUUCCGAUGUUCAAGAUGACGAGGAACAAGAUGUCAGUGAUGAAGAAGAGGACGAAGAGGGGGGAGAUGAUCAAGAAGAGGAAAAUGAUGACGAGGAGGAGGAGGAAAAUGAAUUGGCUGAAGCUAUUCCCGAUGUCCAGCCAGAUGUUAUUACCUCAGCACCUCCUAUUCCAGACGACUUCAAGGGAAGCGUCGAGCCUCUCAAGUCAGUAGCUAAGUCUAAGCCUACUAAACAAGUUACAAAGUCUGUUGAAGACGCAAAAGACUCGGUUCCUGAGCCCGCAAAGGAAGCUGCUAAACGACCAAAGAAAUUCCUAAGCAAGGCUUCCAAGGCCGCCCAAAACGCUCAAGGCCAAGCUAAUGGUGUUGCAGAUGACAGCUCCAAGAAGGCUCAAGACACUACCGAUAGUGCACCUGGCGCUGAUAAAGUGAAGGAUACUGCGUCUGGCGCAACCGACGAAGCUAAAGAUGUUGGAGAUGAAGCAUCUAAAACAUCCAAGGAAGGAGUCGACAAAGUCCAAAAGUCUACUGAACAAGUUCCAGAUGCUGACCAAGCCACCAAUGCUGCUGAUAGUGCAGCCUCAAAGGCUCAAGGUACUGGGUCGAAGGCAAAGGAUAGUGCUGAGAAGGCUACCGGUGAUGUCAAAAAUGCUACACAAGAAAAAACGGAUGAUGCAUCCAAGCUCGGUAAAGAUGCUGGUGACAAGGUCAAUGGAGUUGCGAAUGAUCUGAAGGACAAAUCUUCAAUCACCAUGGAUGGUGCCCAGGACAAACUCGACGAUACCAAAUCAAAAGUCAAUGGAAUCGCCGGUGACGCCAAAGACAAAGUUGGAAGUGCCAAAGAUGACACGCAAGAGAAACUUGGCGGUGUCAAAGACAGUGCUGAAGAGAAGCUUGAUGGCGCUAAGGACUCAACUGAUAAUGUCGAGGGUGGCUUGCCAUCUACAACCGAUGCCCGAAAGACUUUGGGUGAUAGUAGCGAGAAAGCUAAGGGUGCAUUGGGAGGAAUCCCUAGCACAGAUAAGGCUACUGAUGCUGUAAAUGGAGUCAAGGAUCAAGCUGAGGGCGCGACAGAAAGUGCCAAGGAUGUUCAAGUUAACAUUCCAAACAUCAAUGACAUCGUCGGAAAGAGUAUCUCUGUUAUCAAAGACGGAUACCUCUUUGACGACCAAGGAAAUGUUAUUGGUCAAGCUACUUCCAACUUUUCAGGCAAGGCAAUCGGUUCAUUCAAAUCUAAGGAACUCGAGGCCAGAGCAACACACCAAGUCCAAUCUAUUGGCAACAUUGAGAAACCAAAACUCGAUGGACCAACAUCUGGACAAGACGCUGAUGCUGGUGCUGGAAGUAGUCCAAGUGAAAUUUUUUUGGAUGUCAAAAGUACAAAUGAGGGAAUCAGUUUGCAAAUCAGAAUUCCUACUGCGUUUAUGAUGAGACCUGGUAAUUAG